AUGACUACCAAGAACACCACCUUAACAGCAUGCGGCGCCCCCGUCCGAAACCACCGAGACCAAUUCGUUGCCACAAAUACCGUGAUGGGCAUUCUAUCUGGCUUUUUCGUACUACAACGCUUCUUGACAAAGAUCUUCCUAAAACUGCCUCUUGGUCUCGAUGAUCUAUUCAUGGUCUUCGUUAUGUGUGCUGCAGUCCCGUCCAUCAUUAUCAACGCAUACGGUCUAGCUCCCAACGGCAUCGGUCGCGAUAUCUGGACUUUAACGCCUCAACAAGUCACAAACUUCGGCCGAUAUUUCUACAUCAUGGCUAUCCUAUAUUUCUGCCUACAGACCUUCCUUAAGCUAUCUAUGAUUUUCUUUUUCCUCCGAAUCUUCCCCACGAAAGGUGUUCGAAAAAGUCUCUGGACCACAGUUAUCUUUACGUCGAUUUUCGGUCUGGUUUACGUCUUUAUCACUAUCUUCCAAUGCAGGCCUAUCAACUAUUUCUGGACAAAGUGGGAUCACCAGCAUACGGGAACAUGUCUUGACGUCAACGCCGUCGUGUGGUCAAGUGCAUCUAUCAACAUUGCUCUCGAUAUUUGGAUCUUGACUAUCCCUCUUUCACAAUUAAAGAAGAUGAACUUGGAUUGGAGGAAGAAGAUUGGCGUGGGCAUGAUGUUCAGCGUCGGCAUUUUCGUCACCAUCAUGAGUAUUCUUCGACUUAGCGCUACUGUCCAAGCAGGCACAGGCCCAGGCUCGAACAACCCCACGUGGGAAUACAUUGCUGUUACGAGAUGGUCAACCAUCGAAGGCAAUGUCGGAAUUAUAUGCGCUUGUAUGCCCUCUCUUCGUAUACUUCUCGUCAAAAUUUUCCCCAAGAUUCUUGGUACAUCCCGACGCGGAUACCAGACCUAUGAUAAGUACGGCAGCAACAGGCCUACGAAUGCAAGCCGAUCCCGAUCGCAAGCACCACUUGGCACAACAUCUCACGUCGACAAAACACCUCCGUCGCGUAUCGAUCCGAUUGGUAUUACAUGCAACCGCACGUAUGAGGUGGAAUAUAAUCAGACAGAUGAGACCCAUCUGGUAGCCAUGAAGGAUAUAGAGAUGGACUGGCGUAGCGAAAGGUCUCAGACGUCCCAAGCAUAG